AUGGAUCGCAGCACUCGUAAACACUACCAUAAACAUGAGAUUGAUUCACAAGAUAUAUAUGACACCUAUUUUAGUGCCAGUGCGGAUAAAAAUCUUCUAGAUGAGGUUUUUAUAUUUCCUAUGAAAGCAGUUUUCAAUGCCAGCAAAUUGGGUAAGUUUAUAUUGUACUUAAAUACCAUUUAACUGUUGGAUACUGUGGGGCCUUAUUAAGCCAUGAGAAAGAUUGGCAAUGUACUAAACAUGGAGCAAUCCAAUGAAAUGUUUAGUUUGAUCCCAUAUUAUUUAAGGCAAAUGCGAUACUUACUGAAAUAUAUUAUUAUUAUAAUUAUUAUUAAAUCAGUCUAUAAAUGUAUCAAAAUAUAUGGAACAAUUUGAAAAGCUAAACCAGAAAUAUAAAAAUGUAAAUUGAGAUCUGAGUUACACGUUCACCCUAAGAUUUAGAUGCUAUUACUAACCAUUUAGACUUCCAAAUGAUGAAUGGCUAGGAUUAGCUCACAGUGGCUCAAACCUGUAAUUUGGAUACAUUAAAACUGGAGCACUAUCCACUGAGUUGUCUCACCAGUUCCCAUAACAAAUAUAUGGCAUUUAAGAAUUUGGAAAAAAAUAUAUAACUCUAGAAGAAACAAAGAAAAACAUGCUCCAAAUUUGGUGUAAAAAUGCUAGAUAUGUAAAAUUAUAUCUGUGUCUCACUAGAUAAUUAUUAAUAUAUUGGGAUUAUUUUUCUCCAGGUCAUAUUAAAGGGGACACGCUGAUUGAUAUUUCUUCUAGUGCCAGUAUUUUCCAUCUUUUACCAAUCUGUACGUAUUUCAAAGACAUCACUAUAUUGGAGUUUAAUGAUGCCUGUCUCAAGGACCUGCAGAAAUGGCUGAAUAAAGAACCAGGUGCAUUCGAUUGGUCUCAUGCAUCAAAGAUUGUUGCAGAACUAGAGGGCUGCAGGUAA